AAUUGCCAGCAUCAUUCAGAACUACACGUUCAUCACUAGCUAGCUAGCUAGCUAUGCAGAUGGCCCGCGCCGGAGCUACCCUCCUCGGGGUCCUCCUCUUCGCCUUGCUGGCCGGUUUCGCGGCCGGGGAGGAAGACUGCUACCACGACAUCAUAAGAUGCUGCAACGAGACGAUCAAGAAGGAGGGUCCGUACAUCUCCCCCAGCCAGGUCUGCCGCCGCGAGGUGAGGAAGGCGGACAUGCCCUGCGUCUGCCACAUCCUCACCGCCUACGACGAGCGGACCGUCAGCCCAGAGAAGCUCGUCCGCUGCGCCCACGACUCCGGCGUCGACCUUCCCGUCGGGAGCAUAUGCGGAAGUAAGCAGACCCGCUCCUCCAACUGGCGCCAUCUGCCGCCGCCGCCCCACUACCACCACCCGCCUACUUCUUGGAACAGUCAGUCGUUUCGCCAUCCGCCGCCGCCGCCCCCACACCACCACCCGCCUACGACUUGGAACGGACACUCGUUUCGCCAUCCGCCGCCUCCGCCGCCCCACCACCAGCCGCCGCGGCCGCUCUGCUCCUCCAUCCGGCGCAGCCCAGAGCCUCCCUACUCCAAGCCCCACACGUGAGAAGUUUCGAUGUGGAGGUUGAUAUGAUGGAAGAAGAACUAAACAAGUGAGCGCGUGCCUACAUGUACGCUGAUAUGAUGUGGAGUAAUUGUCUUUGUCCGGACCGUCUAUGUACUACUAGCAUUCGAACCGCCAGUCGAAAUAAGGUGUGCCCACAUAAAAUUGACUUGAGACUCAAAUCAAUGUGAUGGUGGAAUCAUAUUGUGUGUGGCCGCUUGUUUUGGAAUCGUGUGUUGAUGGAUAUGCCCCCCAUGUGGGUAUUAACUCAUAACAGAGAUGUCAAUAGCAAUGUUCUAAUUCUCCUCAGAACUAAAUAGCUGCAUUUCACCCCGCAAAAAAUAAAAAUAAAUAGCUGCAUUUCAGUUAAGAAC